CCAGACCUGCAGCAGCCAAUCAGAUCCCUCCUUCAUGUGUCUCCAGGGUAACAGAAGUACGAGGCUUCACUGACUCCCAGAAAGAGGAGUACUUCAGGAGGAGAUUCAGUGAUGAAGAUCUGUCCAGCAGAGUCUUCUCCCAUAUCAAGACCUCCAAGAGUCUCUUCAUCAUGUGUGAAAUUCCAGUCUUCUGCUGGAUCACUGCUGUGGUUCUAGAGCACAUGAUGGCCACAGAAAAGAUAGGAGACCUUCCCACCACCAUGACUGACUUGUAUUCACACUUCCUGAUGGUCCAGACAAAGAGGAAGAAGAACAAAUACCAUCAAGAACAGGAGCUGACAGAGGCUGACAUGGACGUUCUCCUGAAGCUGGGGAGGCUGGCCUUUGAACAUCUGGAGAAAGGAAACAUCAUGUUCUACCAAGAAGACCUGGAGCAGUGUGGUCUGGAUGUCACAGAGGCCUCGGUGUACUCUGGAGUUUGUACUAAAAUCUUCAGAAGAGAAUGUGAGAUCUUCCAGAAAGCAGUUUACUGCUUUGUUCAUCUGAGUGUUCAGGAGUUUCUGGCUGCAGUUUACAUGAUGCACUGUUACAACAACAAAACAGUGAUGAAGAAGAACUUCUUUGAGGACCAAAUAACCACUUUACCUCUGGAUGAAUUUCUUCAUAGAGUUAUGACGACGUCCGUUCGGAGUAAAACAGGCCACCUUGAUCUUUUUGUCCGUUUUCUUCAUGGCCUCUCUGUAGAGUCCAACCAGAGGCUCCUAGGAAACCUACUGGGGUGGACCGAGAACAGUCCAGAAACCAUACAGAAGGCUAUCAACAACCUGAAAAAGAUGAACAGUGAAAACAUGUGCCUUGACAGAACCAUCAACCUUUUCCACUGUCUGACCGAAAUGAGGGACCUCACGGUUCAUCAGGAGAUCCAGGAGUUCCUCAAGUCUGAAAAUAGAUCAAAGAAACAGCUCUCAGUGAUCCACUGCACAGCUCUGGCCUACAUGCUGCAGAUGUCUGAAGAUGUUCUGGAUGAGUUGGAUGUGAAGCAUUACAACACAAUUGAAGAGGGUGGAUGGAGACUUAUUGCAGCUGUGAGCAACUGCAAAAGGUUUCGGUUAAGUGGGUUGAUGAAGUCUUCUGAAGAGGAUCCCAACAGACUUUCUGCUCGAGAACUCUCAGAGACAGAUUGUGAAGUUGUGGCCUUAGCACUGAAGUCGAGCCCCUCCCAUCUGACAGAACUGGACCUGAGCUGGAACAAGAUCCAGGAGAUAGCAGCAAACGCUCUGAGUGUUGGACUGAAGAGUCCAAACUGCAAGCUGGAGACUCUCAGGUUGAAAGGCUGCAGUUUGUCAGAGACCAGUUGUGCUGUUCUGGGAACUGCACUGAAGUCCAACCCGUCCCGUCUGACAGAACUGGACCUGAGCUACAACAUGGUCCAGGAUUCAGGACUGAAGCAGUUAUGUGGUGUUCUGGAAAGUCCAGACUGCAAACUGAGGACUCUGAGGUUGAUGGACUGUCGGCUGUCUGAUAUCAGUUGUGAAGUUCUGGUCCUGGCUCUCAAGUCCAACCCGUCCCAUCUGACAGAACUGGACUUGGGCAUGAACAAGCUGCAGGAUUCAGGAGUGGAGUCUCUGUGUGGUUUUCUUAGGAGUCCAGACUGCAGACUGAAGACUCUGGGGUUAAAGAGCUGCAGUUUGUCAGAGAUCAGCUGUGAUCUUCUGGUCUCAGCUCUAGAGUCCAACCCGUCCUAUCUGACAGAACUGGACCUGGUAUACAACUACCUGCAGGAUUCUGAUGUUCAGCAGCUCUCUGCUCUGAAGAAGAGUCCAGACUGUAAACUGGAGACUGUGAGAUGGAAGCCGUCUCUGCAAAAAGCAGAAGGUGUUGAGGAUCUGUCUGUCUGGAUGGAGCUAGGCUAGCAGCAGUUGGUCUGCAGAGAUGUUCUGAGGAGAAGGCGACUGUCAGAGUUACAGACAGCUCCACUGUUGAUCUACACUGUAAACUUCACAUGAGAGACACUGUAAACUUAGAAAGCACCGCUGUCCUGCUUGUUUUACAUGUUGGAGUGAUUCAUCUCCAGAGUUCUGGUGGUUUGGUUUGAGUUUGUGUAGCAGAGAAACACAUAAAACCUUCUGGUUCUGGAGGACCAGGAUUGAAUAAUUGAUAGAGAUAUACUGCACUGCAAAAAAAAAAAAAA